AUGUCUGACACUGCUACAACAUCUGCUUCCACCACUGUAGUUAUACAUCUGAAACGAAACAAUCAUGAUGAUGAAUCAGCUACAACUGGCUCAGCCACAGCUCAACUUCAUCAACAUACAAGGAGUCGUUACUGUGACGUCUCUUUGGCCUCAUCUGAAGAAUCUUCGGAUCUUUCGGAUGUUGAAGAGAAAGAUGAUUUGAUUCGUCGAACAAUAACAUCUUCUUCGAAAGAAACAAUGGAAGAGGAUGAUGAUGAUGUGGAAGAAGAAGAAGAGUUUGAUGACGUGGUGAUGGAAGAAGAUGUAGGUGGUGGAGGAGGAGCAGAUGAUCAGUUUAUAUCAAGACAAGGAGUUAUUGGAGGUCCUGGUGGUGGAAGCAUUUUAAAGAAAAACAAUGGAAAGGACACCUCCGAAAUCAUUCAUCAUCAUCCAUUAUUUGUGAAAGACACCUCCAAAUACUGGUACAAACCGACGAUUUCAAGAGAACAAGCCAUCAACAUGCUCCGUGACAAGCCUCCGGGAACAUUCGUCGUUCGUGAUUCCAAUUCAUUCCCAGGAGCAUUUGGAUUAGCACUCAAAGUAUCCACACCGCCUCCAGGUGUCAAUCCAGGAGACGGAACCGAACUCGUCCGUCAUUUCCUAAUUGAACCGUCACCGAAGGGUGUCAAACUGAAGGGAUGCAAUAAUGAGCCUGUUUUUGGAUCCCUCUCCGCUCUUGUUUAUCAACAUUCCAUAACUGCACUGGCCCUCCCAACUAAACUCGUACUACCUGACUUCGAUCCAGCUGCCACUCCAGAACACUUAUCAGCUACACAAGCCCUUUUGGAGCAAGGAGCAGCCUGUAACGUUGUCUACGUGGGCAGUGUCGACGUAGAAUCGUUGACUGGCAACGAGUGCGUAAAACGGAGCAUUGCCACGUGUUCACAACGAGUAAUAAAUGGAGAGAGUCGGGCGGUUUCUGUGCAUUUUAAGGUGUCAUCUCAAGGAGUGACGCUAACAGAUAACACUCGAAAAGUGUUCUUCAGACGCCAUUUCAAUGUGCAAAGUGUCAUUUUCGCUGGAAUGGAUCCGAUUGAUAGGAGGUUCGAGAACACACGAGCUCUCGGUUUCCAUGAUGGAUGCAUAGCUCAAGCACGUCUUUUCGCCUUUGUAGCCAGAAUUCCGUCUUCGUCUGAAAAUGCAUGCCACGUUUUUGCUGAAUUGGAGCCAGAACAACCUGGAAGUGCAGUGGUCAACUUCAUCAAUAAAGUGAUGUUAGCACAGAAGAAUCGGUCAUAA